GCUGGGCUGCUGCUGAGGAGGAAGGAACGGACGGCACCCUGCAGCCCCUGGGCCGGGCACUGGCAGGGGGCGCCAAGCGGAGCAGUGGCCGGCUGGAGGUCCCCCCCGGGAGGGGCAGGGCCCGGGCCCUCCCCUGGGCGGGCGGGGUUGGGACAGAUCAAGACUUCUCUCCGCCUCUGGCUGCAGAAACCUUCGGGCUGCGAGGGCGCGAGCCCUCCUUCACCAGGCGGAGGCUCCGUCAACCUCCUUCACCCCACAGCCUCUGAGGAGCGCUCCUCUGGCUCCGGCUUCACAGCUCAGGGCGCCACUGUUGGGGGUUCCUGGAAGAUUAGGGCACUUUGAAGACAGAAGACCAGGUCCUGGGACAGCCUGCAGGCCUGGGCUGUGCUCGGCCACUCCGCCGCCCUGUGACCUUGGCCACCUUAGCCUUCCAGCACCUUGCUCUCCUCCCCUGUAAAAUGGGGACAGCAGUCAUACUGACCUGAGAGCAUUUCUCGAUUGCUGAAGGAGGAAGUUUGGCACCUGGCACACUCUUGGAAACAGCUCCCUGCGGUGCUGAGUCCGGAGUCCCCAUGGCCUCGCUGAGCAGAGCCCUGCGUGUGGCCGCCACAUGCCCUCGCCGGAGCCGGACGUGGGGCCUGGGGCUGCGCGCCCUGACCGGCCGGGCCGGCCCCACCGCCGAGAAGAGCGUGCCGUACCGGCGGACCCUGAAGGACCCCCAGGGCCCCUCGACGGUGGCCCGGGGCCCAAGCCAGCCCCUGCCCGGCACGGCCCACGUGGUGGUCAUCGGCGGGGGCAGCUUGGGUUGCCAGACCCUGUACCACUUGGCCAAGCUGGGCGUGAGCGGGGCGGUGCUGCUGGAGCGGGAGCGGCUGACCUCCGGGACCACCUGGCACACGGCAGGACUGCUGUGGCAGCUUCGGCCCAGCGACGUGGAGGUGGAGCUUCUGGCCCAUACCCGGCGUGUGGUGAGCCACGACCUGGAGGAGGAGACGGGGCUGCACACGGGCUGGAUCCAGAAUGGGGGCCUGUUCAUAGCAUCCAACCGGCAGCGUCUGGAUGAGUACAAAAGGCUCAUGUCGUUGGGCAAGGCGUAUGGCGUGGAGUCCCACGUGCUGAGCCCGGCCGAGACGAAGGCACUGUACCCGCUGAUGAACGUGGACGACCUGUACGGGACCCUGUAUGUGCCGCACGACGGUACGAUGGACCCGGCCGGCACGUGUACCGCCCUCACCAGGGCUGCUGCUGCCCGGGGAGCCCAGGUCAUCGAGAACUGCCCCGUGACCGGCAUCCGCGUGCGGACCGACGACUUCGGGGUGCGGCGGGUCGCAGCCGUGGAGACAGAGCACGGCUCCAUCCAGACGCCCUGCGUGGUCAAUUGUGCAGGAGUGUGGGCCGGCGCUGUGGGCCGGAUGGCCGGAGUCAAGGUCCCGCUGGUGGCCAUGCACCAUGCCUACGUCGUCACCGAGCGCAUUGAGGGGAUCCAGAACAUGCCGAACGUCCGCGACCACGAUGCCUCUGUCUACCUCCGCCUCCAAGGAGAUGCCUUGUCUGUGGGUGGCUAUGAGACCAACCCCAUCUUCUGGGAGGAGGUGUCAGACAAGUUUGCCUUUGGCCUCUUUGACCUGGACUGGGACGUGUUCACCCAGCACAUCGAAGGCGCCAUCAACCGCGUCCCAGUGCUGGAGAAGACGGGGGUCAAGUCCACAGUCUGUGGCCCGGGAGUGGAGCAAGGAGGAGAAGCCACAUGUGAGGUGCAGGGCACAGCCCGGACCAGCAGAAUGCCAUCAGUCCUGAUGGGAAGGGAGUCCUUCACACCUGACCACAAGCCCCUGAUGGGGGAGGCACCUGAGCUCCGAGGGUUCUUCCUGGGCUGCGGUUUCAACAGUGCAGGAAUGAUGCUGGGCGGCGGCUGUGGGCAGGAGCUGGCCCACUGGAUCGUCCACGGGCGCCCAGAGAAGGACAUGUACAGCUAUGACAUCAGGCGUUUCCAUCACCUGCUCACCGACCACCGCCGCUGGAUCCGCGAGCGCAGCCACGAGUCCUACGCCAAGAACUACUCUGUUGUGUUCCCCCACGACGAGCCCCUGGCGGGGCGCAACAUGAGGACAGACCCCCUGCACGAGGAACUACUGGCCCGAGGCUGCGUGUUCCAGGAGCGACAGGGCUGGGAGCGGCCGGGAUGGUUCACCCCGAAAGGCACAGCUCCGGUCCUGCGGUACGACUACUACGGGGCGUAUGGGAACCGGAUGCACGAGGACCACGCCUACGGCCGGCUGCUGGGGGACGAGUACACGUUCGACUUCCCGCCCCACCACGACGUGAUCAAGAAGGAAUGUCUGGCCUGCAGAGGGGCCGCUGCUGUGUUCAACAUGUCCUACUUCGGAAAGUUCUACCUGGUGGGUUUGGAUGCGAGGAAGGCUGCCGACUGGCUCUUCUCUGCUGAUGUCAGCCGACCCCCAGGCUCGACCGUGUAUACCUGCAUGCUGAACCACAGGGGCGGCACCGAAAGCGACCUGACUGUCAGCCGCCUGGCCCCCGGCCCCCAGGCCUCCGCCCUGGCCCCUGCCUUUGAAGGGGACGGCUACUACCUGGCCGUGGGCGGGGCUGUGGCCCAGCACAACUGGUCUCACAUCAGCACGGUCCUGCAGGAUCAGAAGUUCCGGUGCCAGCUCAUCGACAGCUCCGAGGACCUGGGUCUGAUCAGCAUCCAGGGCCCGGCCAGCCGGGCCAUUCUCCAGGAGGUGCUGGACGCAGACCUGAGCGACGAGGCUUUUCCUUUCUCCACCCACAAGCUGGUGAGAGCCGCCGGGCACCUGGUGCGGGCCAUGAGGCUCUCCUUCGUGGGGGAGCUGGGCUGGGAGCUUCAUGUGCCCAAGCCAGCCUGUGUGGCCGUGUACCAGGCUGUGAUGGCUGCAGGCACCAAGCACGGCCUCGUCAACGCCGGGUACCGGGCCAUCGACUCCCUGAGCAUCGAGAAAGGCUACCGGCACUGGCACGCAGACCUGCGCCCCGACGACAGCCCCCUGGAGGCGGGCUUGGCCUUCACCUGUAAGCUCAAGUCAGCGGUCCCCUUCCUGGGGCGGGAGGCCCUGGAGAAGCAGCGGGCCGAGGGCCUCCACCGGCGUCUGGUGUGCUUCACGGUGGACGAAAAAGUGCCCAUGUUUGGCCUGGAGGCCAUCUGGAGAAACGGCCAGGUGGUAGGCCACGUCCGGAGGGCUGACUUUGGGUUUGCCGUUGACAAGACUCUCGCCUACGGCUACAUCCGGGACCCCAGCGGCCAGUCGGUCACUCUGGACUUUGUGAAGAGUGGUGACUAUGCUCUGGAGCGGAUGGGGGUGGCCUACCCUGCCCGGGCUCACCUGAAGUCUCCCUUCGACCCUGACAACAAGAGGGUGAAGGGAAUCUACUGACGCCCCCGCGGGGCGGAGCCUCGGUGCAUCAGGAGGCUGAGACCUGCUCCGUCCCUCGCUGACCCGCCCCACGGGGCCCGCCGCCCUGGCCCAGGACUGGACCCGGCCAGAGCAGGGGUCCUCCCCGCCCUCCCAGUGCAGAGCUGCUCGCCCCCCAAACAGAUACCACCCGAGCGGACAGGAGACCCAGAGGGCCUGUCCUAUGGUCACUGACCAGAGGCUGGCCUCUAGUCCACCCCUAGCCCCCAAAACAAAGCUCCAAGGUCUUGGGCUCAGGGAGCGUGCCAUGCGGCCCUCUAGAAGCUUCUGAGAAGGUGCGUAGUUAACCCCUAGUAAGCCCAGUAUAGAAGCAGGGAAGCAAAGGGACCUGCCUGGUAGCCCAGACCUGCCUGACGAGCAGACUGUCCAGAGCAGAGCAUCGCUGGAGAGUUUCCAGGUGCAUCUGGAAUUAGGGACAGAGUGAGGAUUGUUUAGUACUGUCUGCCUCGGGCGCAGUUUAAAGGCAGAGAGCAGGGGUGCCAGCUUGGCUGGGUCCCUGCGGCCAGGCCGUUGGGCAGGAUGGUCCGUUUCCCAGAGGCUGGCCGAGGAGGGGAUCCAGGAAGCAAAUUCUUCCCGCCUUGACCUGUUUCUCACACGGGAAAGGGUUCUGAGCACCACCAGCUGGUGAAAUAGGUGAGCAGAAGCAGGGGGUGGGAAGGGUGGGUCUCACAUCGGUGCCCUCCCUCGCCCAUGCAGAAGCCCCACCUCCUGCCUCAGUUUCCCCAAGAGCACGUCGUUCACUAGGUCCGUGAAGGAGCGGCGUGUUGCCGGGUGAAAACCCGACAGACCCCUCCUGCCUUGUGGCCUCUGUCCCUGCUUUGUGACUGGGACGUGGUUCCCGCCUCCCCGCUCUCUCCACUUGUGGCCCCGGGGAAGGGCCUCGCACAGGGUCUUAAAAGGGGGUGACUCCCCUGCACCCCUUCCCUGGGCCUUCAGAGCUCUCCAACAUCUGCCUGUGUGACCCUCCUCCCUGCCUUCCUGGCCAGGAUAAGCGUGUGUCCCGCCCCGUGCCCCCGUCCCCGGUCCCUCCCCUGUCACCUCUCCGGCUCACCCCAGCAGGAUCUCGGCCCCCACCAGGCAGCCCGGGGGCCACCCAUGCGGCCUUGCCUGGCAUGCCUGACCCUCUAGGGAGCAGGAGGUGGCGGGCGUGCGGGGGACAAGGAGGACAGGGUCCCCGCAGAUGCUCGCAGAAGCUGCACGGUCACUGGGGUAGGGGGCAGUCCCUGGCGAGCCCCGGCUGCUUUCAGAUGCCCACAUAGUACACAGCCCCACCGUGGACCGCGCUGGAACAGGUCAGGCUAAUAAAGUCGAAGUCGUGGGAA